AUGGCCUCCCUAAUCCGUCGUCUCAUUCCAGCGCGGAUCACCAACAACGGCUCCCAGCAGCGCGACCACCAUGCCAACGAGCGCACUUUUCUCUCAUGGACCCGCGCAGGCCUCGGGUUCGCCGCUAUGGCGGUCGCUCUGGACCGCCUUGAUGCCAUUGACCGUGUCUUGAAUCAAAAAUUGGGACUGGGGUCCCCGGGCCCUCUGCUGCCUAAUCAACAUGUUCAACCCGGCCCUAUCAGACAUGGUCCAGCCCAGGGCAAGACGUCUGCGGCUGCGCCCUCAGCUGCUGAGAGCCAGGCACCCAGUGGCCUCCAGAACCAGAUUUCUAUGGCGCACGUGUGCCAGUUGCUCGGCGUGUGGUCUCUUGGCUAUGGGUUCUUCCGGUACUGGUCCAUGCGACGAUAUCUUCUUAUGGGGCAGUUUGUACCCGCGUUCUGGGGUCCUGUGUUGAUGACCACGGGAAGCUUCGUUGCAUUCAUGGCUAUGGGGUUGCAGAUGGACCGGAGGCAUGCAACAGCAAGUUGA